AUGACAAUCGCAGACUUGUCCGGCCGUCUUCCGGCUGGCGUAACGGCUCACCUCACGACCCAGAAUGCACUACUCCUGCUCGGUCUCUGGCUCGGCUAUAGAAUCGCUUUGGCGCUAUGGAACAUCUCCCCUCUGCAUCCGCUCAGUCGAAUCCCGGGACCAAAGUUGGCUGCUGCGACUUAUCUGCCAGAGUUCUAUUACGAUGCCAUUAGGUUCGGUCGGUACACGCAGCAGAUCAAGAAAAUGCAUGACGAGUAUGGCCCCAUUGUGCGCAUCAGUCCUCAUGAAGUACACUGCGCCGACAGUGCGUUUGUUGAUGAAAUCUAUGCCGUGGGUGGACGCAAGCGGGACAAGCCUCGGCACCAGGUCAGCGGUUCGGCCAUGGAGUUUUCUGGUUUCGCGACCUAUGACCAUGACCUGCACAGAUUACGUCGGGGGCCGUUGGCCAAAUUCUUCUCUCGAACUCAGAUCGCCAAAUUGGAGCCAUCCAUACAAGACCUUGUACAGCGGCUGUGCGACAAGCUUCUCCUAGAGAGCGGCCGUGGCAAACCCGUCGAUGUGACAAUGGCCUACUCAUGUUUUACCUCUGAUGCUAUUGCUGAGUAUGCUUUUGGCGAGUCUUUCGGUUUCCUAGCUCAAGAGACCUGGGAGCCCAAUUACCGAGCCAGUCUGUACGCGUUCUUGCAGACCGUCUAUAUCUUUCGCUUCUUCCCUUUCCUGAAGCAUGCUACCCUCGCUGCGUCCUGGUUGACCAAGUACAUGUCCGAAGACAUGGCACUGCUGAUCAAGACGCUUCAUAUUGAUAUUCCUGCUCAGGUCAAGAGCACCAAGGAGGACUACAAAGCCCACACGAUACACGAUCGGCCUACCGUAUUUGGUUCAUUGUUGGAUUCGGACAUGCCGGAACACGAAAAGUCGAUUGUUCGGCUUUCGGACGAGGCUUCCGCGGUACUGGGUGCUGGAACAGAGACUACAAGCUGGACGGUCUCUGUCAUCACCUAUCACGUCUUGACGAAGCCCAAGAUCCUGGCCAGGCUAACUGAGGAGCUCAACUCUGUGGUCAAAGACCCCAAGCAUUUGCCAACGUGGACGGAUUUGGAGAAACUCCCCUAUCUGGGGGCCGCCAUCCAAGAAGGUUUGAGAUUAUCAUAUGGUGUAUCUGCCCGAACUUCACGGGUUCCAACCGAGGAGGACCUGCUGUACCGUGGCCAGUGGACGCCUAAAGGGAACGGAAAACCCGUCGACGUCGAGUACGUGAUUCCCAAAGGAUACGCCAUUGGAAUGUCAUCCUCCAUCAGCCACCACGAUGAGAGCGUUUGGCCGGACUCAUACGCAUUUCUUCCCGAGAGAUGGCUCGACGAGAACAUGGAGCGCAAUAAAGAGCUUGAGAAGCAAAUGCUGUCCUUUUCCAGGGGUAGCCGAGCUUGCAUAGGCAUGAAUCUUGCAUUUUGCGAGCUCCACCUGGUUGUUGCAGCCUUGACCCUUCGUGUUUGGCCAAAAAUGAGGCUAUUUGAGACGACGGAGAGAGACGUACGAUAUGACCAUGACAUGUUUGUUCCGCUUCCCUAUGAUGGUAGCAAAGGCGUCCGCGUAACGGUUGAUUAA